AUUUAAUUGCUGUGGCAGGAAAAUUUUUUUCUAAUGGAAAUUAAAAUAGUAAAAUAAAUCUGCGACACAUAUUCACUUCACCCACUUCCUUUCAGGUGUGGAUAUCCGCUUACUAACAAACAUAAUAUCAGGUAAUAGUACAUUCAGUACACCCAUUUCAUACAAUGUAGUCGCAAUCUAGACUUCAUAUUUUACUCAUAUAAAUUUUUUGUAUUUAAAUUGUCAAAGCAACUACUUAUAACUUAUACUUUAUUAAAGAGUGUGCUUGAAUGCUAAGAAAAUGAUUACAAUUAAAGAAGUUAUACAAAUCUUUGUAGUACAAUUUUAUAUCCUUUUUUACUAUUUUUCGUGUUUUACUGCCUAUUGGUAUACAAUAAAAGGACUUCUCUUUGGUGGUUUACUUGUAAAAACUGUGAUCAUUGUAUAUUUAAUAUAUUUGGUGAUUAACUACCGCGUAUACCACAGCACUUUCGAUGGCAACGGUUCCGUACUUUUACGUUCGGAGCGUGGUUUCGGCAUCAUGCGUGACUACUUACCGGUAAGAAUGCGGAAGACUGCGGAAAUUCCACCAAAUCGUAAUUACUUGUUAGCAUAUUUUCCACAUGGAACAUUGUCAGUAGGUAUAUGCUUGAAUUUACUGCUCGAAAUAACACAUUUCUUGCGUUUAUUCCCCGGUAUUCGGCCAAAGGUCGCAACUUUAAGUAUUAAUUUUUGGCCACCAUUUUUUCGCGAAAUAUGGCGUUGUCUUGGCUAUGUAUCAUCAUCUAAGCCAUCAUUAUUAUACUAUUUGAAUAAAUCGAAUGAUCCUGCACAUCCUGAUAAUACAGAUGGUUACACUUCAUAUAUGAUUGCCUUGGCGGUGGGCGGUGAACAAGAAGCUCUACUAACUCAACCGGGCAAGUAUACGAUUGUGUUGAAAAAACGUUUCGGUUUUGUCAAAUUGGCCAUACAAACUGGUUCGCCAAUUGUGCCAUCCUUUGGUUUCGGUGAAAAUGAUUUAUAUACGAUCCCUGAUAAAUCCUGGUUCCGCGUAUUACAAAGGUUUUUUAAAACAUAUUUCGACUUCACACCUAUGUUAAUGAAAGGUCGAAGUGGAAACUAUUUUCUACCUUAUAAAAAGAGAGUAACGCUUGUGGUCGGCAGUCCAAUUGAUGUCAAAAGGACUACCAAUCCGGACUCAGCAUAUAUCGAAGAGAUACACGCAAAAGUCGUGGAAGCUGUACGUCAGCUAUUUGAAACAUACAAAAGUGAAUAUAUUGAAAAUAGUGAAGAAGCUGAAUUAGUUAUAAUAUGAGCAACCUUUUUAUGAUAUAACUGUAUGUAGUUCAUUUUAGAAACCUAAUAUAAUCUUCUUUUAGAUUACAGAAGAAUUAAGUCGACUUUUGGAAGUUAUUGUAGAGUAAAAUGUCUGUGAAAGUGUAUCAUUUAAACUAUGGACUUCAUAGCUUUUCAUAACUUGUAAAACAAUAAAAACAAUAAAAAUAAUAA